AUGUCACAAUACAUAAGGUUUUCUGGUGAUGACUUGAAGGUUUUUGAGGCGGAGAUAUUGUAUCGUGCCAAGACGAUAGUAUCUCGAUCAAGCUCUCGUGACUCAGUAGCAGCGAGAGGUCAAGCAUUUGAUGAUGUGGCCAGUGAGCUUCGUAAGGCUAAUGGUAAUGUGUUCCGUACGCCUAAACAAGUGAGGACUAAAUGGGCAUCAACAAGGCAAAAGAUGAUGACCUACUACAAGACGGUGUAUGUCAUGCUGCCACCUUUCCAGAAGGAGAAGAAGAAGGCCCUUGCAUAA